AUGUCUGGGCACCACGUGGGCCGUCCUAACACUUAUGGCCGCCUGAACCAUUCCAGCAGCUUGCCCAAUCCAUCAUGGUCUUCAGGCUGGACCCACUACCGCCCCCUCCCUGGAACCAACAGCUUCAAGCGUACACUCACACCAAGAGGCUCCGAGAUCAGCAGCUGCAGCAGCCCCUCAGAAUGGCCAGCCAGCUCCCCCAGGCUCCCACUGAGGCGAAUCUGCAUGGGCCAGUCUUACAAUUCCAAGAGUGUGGAGACAAACCAUUUGGCUAACGGUCCCAAAGUGGCCAGAAAAGUGGCCAGCCACGACAGCACCCACUGCCUGAUGUGUGCAGACCAGCCCUCAACCCUCUCCAGCCCUACUUUCUUGGACCAACUAAUCAAAGGUAUCAAUUACCUUGAUCGAGCUGCCAAUUCCUUCUGCCCCAAAACUAUGGUGAGCCUGCCGAAGCUCGCAGCCAGCUACCUGGAACGAGCCACCAGCUCUUUCCACCUGGACCAACCUGAUCCACCUUCUCAACACUCUUACUCCAACCCCGGUAACAUGGCCACCCCUGAUGCCCCCAGCACCACCACCAGCAACUCCAUUGUGCCAAUGACCAGAGGUGCCAGUGCUUUGCAGUGCAUGGACAAUGCCACUAAUGUGGGUUACACACACCGAAUCAGCAGCCGCAACCUCACUCCCCCACUCCAGCAGAGGCCAGAACUGAAGUUGCCUGAUCUCCCGUUGCUAAGCAAUGGGAUCUUUUCCUUAGGUCGUCUACCCAAGUUCUGGGAAGCAAUUAGCUCAGGUUGGUGUGCCCCUGAGCCAAUCUCCAAACCCUCUAGCUGGUGGUGA